AUGAAUUCCCACACUGCCAUACUAUGGAGCGAUUCUACUGUAGCUUUAAAAUCUUGGUGGCACGGCCCGAAAUGGCUAAAAAAUGAUCCAGAAACUUGGCCUAUCAAAGUUUUAUCCAAACGUACACAGCCUUUAGUUGAAGCUGAAUCACGAAAAACCAAAUUUCAAUCCUCCUACGUUGCAACUGCCGAACCCAUCAUAGACAUAUCUCGUUAUAGUUCUUACACGAAACUUCUUCGUGUCACUGCCUGGAUUCUACGUUUUGUAUACAACUGUAAGACUCAGCAACACAUAACUCAUGAACUGAAUUGUAAUGAAAUAGAGAAAGCUAAGAACUAUUGGAUACAAACUGUACAGAAUCAAUGUUUCUCAGCUGAAAUAAAUGCCUUAAAAGCUGAACUUCCCCUGCCGAAAAAAUCCAAAAUUUCCUGUUUCAAUCCCUUUCUCGAAGAUAAUUAUUUGCGCCUUGGGGGAAGGCUGCAAUUUUCAAACAUUUCUUCUGAUACUCGACACCCUUUAUUGCUCGAUGGUAAACACUAUUUUGUCCACCUUUUGAUCCAGCAUACCCAUAUACGACUUCACCAUUUAGGUGUGUGUAUAUUCCUGUCCGAGUUACGUUCAACCUUCUGGAUUUUAAGAGGACGUCAAGCUAUAAAGCAAGUUAUUCACAAAUGCCUACCUUGCAAGCUGUCCAAAGCGAAAUACGGAAAACAAAUCGAAGCACCUUUACCUCCUGAAAGACUUGUACCUUCUUCUCCAUUUACUACCACAGGAAUUGAUUUUGCUGGACCUGUGAAUAUUCGAUGUUUGAAAUCAAGAGACACAGCCUACAUAACACUAUGUACUUGUGCAACAACACGCGCAUUACACAUCGAACUUGUGUCGGAUCUUCCAACAGACAAAUUUCUUUUGGCACUACAACGCUUUGUUGGCCGCAGAGGACUCCCACACACAAUCUAUACCGACAAUGCUACCACAUUUCAUGCAGCAAAUAAGGACUUGAUUCUAUUAUGGCAAGUUCUGUCAUCAGCUAAAACUCAGCAAUAUUAUGCCCAAAAUGGCAUAACUUGGAAAUUUAUCGCCCCACGAUCGGCUUUGUGGGGAGGCUGGUGGGAACGUCUAAUAGGAGUUGUCAAGCGAUGUCUACGAAAGGUACUCGGACGAGCACUUCUUGACGAGGAAGGUCUGUUCACGGUCUUCAUUGGAAUAGAAGCCACUCUGAACAGCCGACCAUUGGUAUACAAAGAUGGAAAAGAUGACAGUUCCACAGCCUUAACACCAAGCCAUUUCUUGACAGGACGAAAACUAACGGCCAUUCCAUCCAGCCCAAAUAACAACACAAAGCUAUGA